CGUCCAACCGUUGGUGAUCUAUUUUGUGGAGCUGGAGGUUUUUCACUUGGAGCCAAAAUGGCAGGUUUUAGAGUUGAGUGGGGUCUUGAUAACGAACGAAACGCGACAGAAACGUAUAAAUUUAAUAACGAAGAUACAAUGGUUUAUACUCUCGACAUCUAUGAUUUUAUCAAAAACCAUAUCAAGCGCAAAACUCAUAAAGUCGACGUUUUGUUAGCCGCACCACCAUGCCAAGGAUAUACAAUGGCCAAUACGCGUGGCAACAUAAUUGAUAUGACAAAUAAUAUGGUCUUAGCUUUGACGGUUCCGUUAGUCGUUGAUAAAUUAAAGCCUAAAAUUUUAUUAUUUGAAAAUGUUCGUGGAUUCUUCAGUAAAAGUAAAAGCGAUGAAAUGUAUAAAAUGUUUAUCAAAGAUUUAUGUGAUAUCGGAUAUAAAUUAAAAACGCAAAUAUUGAAAGCAACUGAAUUUGGAGUUUGUCAACAUGUCGAAUGUACGGAACGGGAACGUGAAAAUUACCUGAAGAUGGGAUUGUCACCAACACCAACUGUUUCAAAGGCCUUCCGAGGUUUGAAUAAUUCAUCGCCCAACAUGGAUUAUUGUAAGACAUCUCCAUAUCAUUUAAAACGGCUCACGUUAGAUUCCAUCCCUUCUACUGUAUUGUGCACGAUUAAUCCAGGAUGGGAUAAUAUCCAUCCUACAGAAUUUAGGCAUAUUUCAGUUAGAGAGCAGGCAAGACUUCAGACUUUUCCGGAUGAUUAUAUUUUCCUUGGUGAUCUGAAUGCACAAUAUCGUCAAGUAGGAAAUGCUGUACCUCCGCUGUUAGCAAAGGCAUUGAUGGAAGAAGUCAAGUUAUGCAUUUGA